AUGCUAGCCACUCUACCAAAGGAAACCCUAGCCUCUGCUGAGCGGUUAUUAUCGCCACGACCCAAAUCGCAGCAACCCUCUCAAGGACAGUUUGAUUUUGUUCCAGAGAGCAGCAGCAAAAAGACGCAAGCUCAUUAUUAUGGAACAUUCAAGGUAGAUUCCACACCAUCAAGAAAAUCAUCACCCAAGCCAGGGUCAACGCUGGGUAACAACACGACAAACAACAGCAGCAAUACGAGUUACCCUGCAACAGCCGUCUCUGGAGAGAAUAAUACACCUAUAUGUAGUAACUGUGGCGCAAGAUCAACACCGCUAUGGAGACGAUCAGUCAACGACGAAAUUUUAUGUAAUGCUUGUGGAUUAUAUCUGAAAUUGCACAAUGUACCUCGACCCAAGCAUAUGAAAACAGCCCAUCGCUCUCCUAAUGAUGAUAUUUCAAGAGACGACAAGAGCAUCGUUUGUUCCAACUGUGGGACAAGCAAGACACCCUUAUGGCGCCGAGACUCUGCUGGAUCUCCAUUAUGUAAUGCGUGCGGAUUAUAUCUAAAAUUACAUAAUGAAAAGCGACCAUUAUCUAUGAAAACAGAUGUGAUCAAAAAGCGACAAAGAACAGAAACGUUAAUUGCAAAUAAUAAUGAAGAACAGUCAGUGAAACGACCAAGAUAUUAUGACCAACAAACACUAAUGCCUACUGGUUACAGUGAUACAGCCUUGCCAGGAACCGGUAUACUUUUGAUGUCUGCUAGUGACCAUACGUCAAAACAUUAA